CAUCACCUCAAGAAAGUAUAAAUACAAUAUCUCAAGAAAGUAGGGACAUGGAAUUUUAUAAAAGUAGGGAUGUAGAAUUUCAGAAAAGUAGAGAUGUGGAAUUUCAGAAAAGUAAGGACAUGGAAUUUCAGGAAAGUAGGGACGUGGAAUUUCAGGAAAGUAGGAAUAUAGAUUAUCAAAAGAGUAUAGAUGUAGAUUUCUUUGUAGAACUUUCUUAUGAAAAAUUUCAAGAAGGUAUAGAUAUGGAAUCUCAAUACAUAGAACCUCAAGGAAGUAUGGAUAUAGAAUCUCAAAAAGAUAUAAAUGUAGAAUCUCAAGAAAGUAUGGAUAUAGAAUUUCAGGAUAUAAAACCUUAA